GGGCGGCGCCGCCGCUGCAGGGGCGCUCGUGAGCGAUCGCGCCGCGCUCGGCUCGCUGUGCCUGGCACGCUGCGGGGACCUCUGUGCUCGAGGCGUCGGGGCUGCGGCUGGACGCGCUCCGUGAUUGGCUGGCGCGGGAGCGCCGGCAGCGCCGGCCGGAAGUGGCGCGGCGGGGCGGGGGCAGCGGAGCCGCCGAGGCGCGGCGGCAGAAUGCCACGAUGGCCGCGGGCUGCCCCCGGCUCCCGGACACCGUCCUGUUCGAGAUCUUCCUGUACCUGGACCACGCCGACGUGCUCUCGGUGGCGCUUGUCUGCCAGCAGUGGCGCGCCGUGGCCCGCGACGAGUUCCUGUGGAAGGAGCUGUUCUACCGCUACUACCGCGUGUCCCGGGACGUGCCGCGGCACCCAGGUGCUGUCUCGUGGUACGAUGAGUUCCAGAGGCUCUACGACACCAUCCCUUGUGUGGAGGUGCAGGCCCUGAAGGAGCACAAUGACCAGGUUUUGCACCUGAGCUUCUCCCACUCUGGCUGCCUGUUUGCAUCGUGCUCCAAAGACUGCACGGUCAAGAUCUGGAGCAAUGAGCUGGACAUCUCCCUGCAGCACAGCUCCAACAUGAGGCCAUACAACUGGAGCUACACCCAGUUCUCCCAGUUCAACUCGGAUGACUCCCUCCUGCUGGUGUCCGGUGUCUUUGUGGGGCCUCACAACUCCUCCUCGGGGGAGAUUGCAGUGAUCAGCAUGGAGAACUUCACUCUGCUUUCCAGGGUGAGGAAUAAGCCCUAUGAUGUGUUUGGCUGCUGGCUGAAUGAAACCAACUUGAUAUCAGGCAAUCUGCAUCGGAUCGGGCGCAUCACCUCCUGCUCGGUGCUGUGGCUGAACAAUGCCUUCCAGGGCAUUGAGUCUGAGAAUGUGAAUGUAGUGAAGAGACUGUUCAAAAUCCAGAACCUGAAUGCCAGCACCAUCCGGACUGUGAUGGUGGCUGACUGCAGCCGGUACGAUUCCCCGGAUCUGCUCCUGGACUACGAGGAGCAGCUGGCUGCUUCCUCCACCUGCCCGCUCUUUGAUCUCGGCAGUGACAGUGAGGAGGAAGGGGCCAAGCCCAGGCCGCCUCCGGAGCCAGCCGUACAGGAAUUGCCGGAUGCUGGGGCUGUGCCAGCGGAGCAUGGGCUGCAGCAGCUCUUUGAUGGUAUCAUGGAGGGCCACGUGAGGCCUGCCCUGACCGAGACAGAGCUGGAGACAAAGGUGGCCGAGCUGUUUGUGCGAAACAGAACUAAACCGCCCGAGCCAAACCUGCUCCCCACAGACAGCAACAGCAAGACAAAGUACUUGAUCUUCACCACAGGAUGCCUCACCUACUCCCCGCACCAGAUAGGGAUUAAAAGGAUCCUGCCCCAUCAGAUGACGACGGCAGGGCCAGUGCUGGGGGAGGAGCGGCGCUCGGAUGAGUUCUUUGACUCCCUGGAUCACGUCAUCGACAUCCACGGGCACAUCAUUGGCAUGGGCCUCUCCCCUGACCACCGGUACCUGUAUGUGAACAGCCGGGCCUGGCCGCGGGACUGCGUCAUCUCGGACCCGAUGCAGCCGCCUCCCAUCGCCGAGGAGAUCGACCUGCACGUGUUUGACCUGAAGACCAUGAAGGAGGUGAAGCGAGCGCUGCGCGCACACCGGGCCUACACGCCCAACGAGGAGUGCUUCUUCAUCUUCCUGGACGUCAGCAGGGACUUUGUAGCGAGUGGGGCAGAGGAUCGACACGGCUACAUCUGGGACCGGCACUACAACAUCUGCCUGGCCAAGCUGCAGCAUGACAACGUGGUGAACUCGGUGGCAUUCAGCCCGGUGGAGCAGGAGCUGCUGCUAACAGCCAGUGAUGACACCACCAUCAAGGUGUGGCGGUCCCCGCGGGCCGUGCGCAUCCGCCAGGCCAGGAGGCCUCGGCCCAGGAAACUGCUCUUCUCCUGGCUCUUGAACCAGAAAAGCUGAACCCAGGUACAUCUGCUCCUGCAGCUUCCUCACUGCAGCACCUCCUUCUGAUCUCACAGAGCCCUGUGCCCCGCACAGGGAUGAGCUCUAGGCACACAAAUCCUAUGGCUGAGCCAGGAGGGGCCCUGGCAGCAGGAGUCGCCUCCUCGAAGCAUCGGCUUCAGACAGGACAUAAGAGCUGGGGCCCUGUUGUGGUUCUGUUGGGCAGCAGCUGAGCUGGUCACUGCAGGGUGGGCUCCCACAGCUUCUCACCAGCAUCGCUACUUGGGCAUAGCUCUCUGGGUGAGCUCUGGGCACAGGGGACACUGAGGCACGUCCAGUGGGGGCCUGUGUGAGCUGGGUACGUGGCCAGCCACACUGGGAGCCACCAGCUGCAGAGUGGCAGGAGCCACGGUGCAGCUGUGCUGCCUGACUGCAGGACUCUCUUAAUAUUGGCGUUUUAUUAAUGUGUGUUUGUCCCAAAGCUCCACGGGCAACUCGUCUGGCUGCUGCGGAAUGUCAAGUGCCUCUUCCCCACGGCACCUCUGCCCAGGAGGGCAGCAGGGACUGGGGGCAGUGAGGGGGCAGCAGGGCCAGGGCUGGGAGCCUGACUGGCCCCAGGGUCUGUGUAUUGGUAUUGCCAGUUUCCAAACUUGGGAGGGGGAGGGCUGGUGGUCACAUGGUGCUGGCUUUGCCUCUGUCUUCCUCUGAGUAGCACUUCAAUAAGCUAUGGAUCGGGAACGUAUUUAUUGUGGGGGAUCUGCUGUCCCUUUCUGGGGUACCCAUGAGGACAGCUUACCUCCUGCCCAUGCUACCCAUGGCACUUUAGGUUCUUUUGGAAUGUUCUCUGUGAAUAAGUGGAGGCACCCACAAGUGCUGCAGGUAUUCAUUCACCUGCAGGUGAUGGGGAUGGAGCCCUCCUGCCUGCAGCUGCUGCCCUCCUGACAGCUGAAUAAGCUCCCUGUCCCUGGGGCUGACCCACCACGGAGGGGGUCAGCUCCUCCAGGACCCCACAGGCAGUGGGGAUGGUCACUUGAGUUAUUAUGGACUCAGUGGUAUUCACUGUCUGUCCCCUGAGCUUCUGUCCCUGUAGCAAGUACCCAAAUGUCAGAGUCUAAAAUGGCGCUCCUAAUCUUGACCUGGCCUAGAUGGGACCCUGAGGAGCUGCUGUUGCUCCUGGAAGCAGGGCUGGGAAGGAACUGCAGGGGGAGGCAUUUUGGGGCCCCCCUGGAAGCUCCAGUGCAGGUGCCUGUGCCAUUCCCAAUCUGGGGUUGCUGAUAAACCUGGCAGAGGUGGCAUCUUCUGUCACAAUGGCACUGAUGGCUUUAACAGCCUCUGCAGCAGGAGGGUCAGCACCUGUGUCCUGCUGUGCCCCAGCUUCAUCCAAAACCCCCGUACUCAGGUUUUCUGUCAUGAAAUUAGGGGUUCCUUCCUGUGUGUGCACACAGGCUCCACACCCUGCUCUGUCCAGUCACACAGUGAAGGAACAACCUCCCCUUCCUCCCCCAACUGUGAACUCUCCACCCGUGGCUCGGUGCAGCAGCAAGCAAGGCACUGAGGUGUUGUUUGUACUGAGUUUUGCUCUUCACUCUGGCAUUGAAUAAAUACUCUGCUAAAGCA